CAAUGGUUUCAAAGGUGAAGAAAACCCCAAUCAAAUCAAUCCGGAGCAUCCGCCGUUCGCGGCGGAAAUCUCCAAUUAAAAAAGUGGUGGCGGCUUCCUCCGCCGUCCUCUCCUCCAUCCACCGCCGCAUCACGAAACUCUUCUCCAAAUUGACACGCCUCAGCACCACUCACAAAAACAGAACAAGCUACAAGAUCCUCAAGAAAACAACCACCCAUUUCCGUUGCGAUGAGGAACGAGAAUCCCUCAACGACAUUUGCCGAACCCUAGUCUUCGACACCACCACCCUCUCACUCCUUCCACCUUCCCUCUCCAACCGGAGAACCGUCAUCCUCGACCUCGACGAGACCCUCAUCCAUUCCAUGGCUACGCCGCCGCCAGACCGCUUCGACUUCGUCGUCCGGCCGGUCAUCGACGGCGAGCCCAUGGAUUUCUACGUGCUGAAGAGGCCGGGGGUCGACGAGUUCUUGCAAUCGCUGGCGGCGAAGUUCGAGGUGGUUGUGUUCACCGCCGCGAUCAAGGAGUACGCGUCCUUGGUACUGGACCGGCUCGACCGGAACCGGUUCAUCUCGCACCGUCUUUACCGUGACUCGUGCCGCCAAGUGGAUGGGAAGCUGGUGAAGGACUUGUCGGAGAUUGGUCGGGAUUUGAAACGGGUCGUCAUUGUUGAUGAUAACCCGAAUUCGUUCGCGAAUCAACCCGAGAAUGCGAUUCUGAUUCAGGCCUUUGUUGAUGAUCCUUGCGACCGGGAGCUUUGGAAGUUGAGAAGGUUUUUUGAUGGAACUGAUUGCUUUGAUGAUAUGAGGGAUGCUGUGAAGAACUACUUUACGGUGCAAGCACAAUGUUAGAAAGUUCAUGUGAGUUGUUAUGGUGAAAAAAAUAAAAAAAUUAUGUGAGUUGAACAAUGAUUUUUUUUUUUUUAGUUUCUCAAUAGAUUCAUUCU